AUGCAGGACAGCAGGAGAGUCAGAGUGGUGGGGAAAGACACCUCGCCCCAACGACUCAUCCCCACCACUGCUCCAGGCCCUUCCCCACCAUCAACCUUCAACCCUACAUGCGCGAGACAGCAAGUGGUUCCAGUCUCCAUUAACGGAAGACUUAUGUGGACGAUUUCUAACUUCAACGCAAGGUUGGAGGAAUCAAAGGAGAACAAGUCACAGAUUGAAAGUCCAUGUUUCUACACAAGUGAUUGUGGCUAUAAGCUGCAGUUGAGAGCGUACCUGAACGGUGUUGGUCAGUGGGAAGGGAGACACAUGAUUGUGUCACUACACGUCCUAUCAUCCCAAUGGGACAACAGACUCGCCUGGCCUUGCAGAAUGAAGGUGAUCCUCUGUCUACGGGACCAGGAGCAAAUAAACAGGAAGGCUAAGGACAUAAUGAAGAGUUUUACGAGCAGUCCAGCGCAGAAGGGUUUUGAGAACCCUUGUUUGCAGAUGUUCAUCCCCCAUAGAACUCUCUAUACCCGUAGCUACCUCAAGACUGACGUUGUCAUCAUAGAUGUCAAGACAUUACCUAUCUAG